CAAUUAAGAAAGCCUGUUCUGAGGCAACGCUUGUUGCUUGAAUUGAUAGAUAGUCACAAGCAAUGGUGCUUAAUAUUGGAAAUUCAGGAUGUUGUAUUUGUCACCAACAUAAAAGAUUGA